GCUCCCUCCCCCGGGCUCCAGGAGUUGUAGGAGGUUAACGUGACUGUAAGAGCUGUACUUUAAAUCAGCACAGCGGGUCGAACUCACACACUCAGACACACUCAGGGCUGAGAAAUCACACUGAAACAAAAGGUCAGUCCCUCUGGAUUUCUGUAUGGAUCUGGGACUGUAAACAAUUUCAAGAGGGACAUAUCAGAGACCGAUUUCAAUUUGGUGUGGGACUGUAGAGCAAGGUACCUGGACUCACAGCGGAGAUGGACGCAGGCCCGUUGGCAUCAGUGACCGAGGGCUCUCUGGAAGGGGAGACGGUGUGUGCCGCUUUGGCCCGCUAUGAAACCACAUUGCGGGAUGCGGUGCGUGAGAUCCAUGUGGACGUCAGUGCUUUCAAGCUGGGCAUCGAGCGGAGACUAGAAGAGGCCGUUAAUGUGAGCGGACCUCUGGGCCGGGCCGUGGCACAGCUGCAGCAGGAGAACCGGCAGCUCAGGGGGCAGUUAGAGGCCCUGACCCGACAGGUAGAGAUGCUGACAGGGUCGGUGUGCGACAGAAGCGCACUUCUCACUGAAGGAUCGCCGCCACCACAGAGCAACAGUAGCACCACAGGGCAUCAGUCUCCACCGUCUGCGGCCCCCAGCGUAGCGGCUCUGACCGGCUCCGCCAGCGGCUCUGUCUCCAGCCCCACCGCCACGCGCUUCUCCAGCAGAGCCACCUUCUCCGUCACCAGCAAAACAAAUAGUGUUGAGCGAGAUGAGCCCAUUGAAGUGGAUCCAGCACCAGUUUCCCAAGGCUUGGAGAAUGGACACUUAUCCUCAACAGAAAACUCCACUAUACCUUUGAGGAGAAAUUCACCACCCAACGGUGUGUCACAGGAGCACUCAGGCCCUGUUUCGAUGGCGAUGCCACACCUGCCGAUCACAGCAACCACCAAAGUCGCUGAUUCAGGAGUUAUGAAAAGUCCUGAGUCACCUGGUAGCCCAAUGCAAGCUACGCCAUCAGCCAUAACAGAUUCACUGUCAAACAGUCAGCCGGUCACCAGUAAUAACCAGCCACAACUAGAGUCUCAUGUUCAUGCAGUAUCGUCUGUGAAAACAUGGGCUCCAACUCCUGCCAGGACUAUGGGUUCUCCACGGCUUAGUGAGAAAGCAUCUUCGGCUCCAGCCAAGUCAGUGACUUACUCUGGGCUUUUCCCACACAGUACAGACAGGAAUGUGGAUAUGUCAGGAGAUUUAUCCUUUGGUGGAGGUAUUGAGCGCAGACGGGAGCUUGUGAGGUCCCAGACUUUACCUCGAAACAUAGGAGCCCAGGCUCGCAGGUCCAUUUUUGAAAGGCUAGACUCUGAGAACAACAGUCGACCCAAGCCUGUGGAUUCCAAACCAAAGCUGAAACGCUCUCAGAGUUUUGGAGUAUCCAGUGCUAGCAGUAUCAAGCAGAUUCUUCUGGAAUGGUGUCGAUCCAAGACUAUUGGGUACCAGAACAUUGACAUUCAAAACUUCUCAUCCAGCUGGAGUGACGGCAUGGCAUUCUGCGCCCUCGUCCACUCUUUCUUCCCCACAGAGUUUGACUACAACGUCCUGUCCCCUGCUGACCGCAAACAUAACUUUGAGCUGGCAUUCAGCGCUGCAGAGAAGAAGGCUGGCUGUGAUAGGCUCAUUGAAGUGGAGGACAUGAUGGUGAUGGGAAGAAAGCCAGACCCCAUGUGUGUCUUUACUUACGUCCAGUCACUAUAUAACCACUUGCGCAAGUUUGAGUGAGAUCUCGGCCUCUUCAGUCCCAGCUGAACACUCUGUGCUGUCCCCUGCUGGACAAAACUGAACUCUGAUAUUGUCACUAUAGUAUUUGGUUGCAAAAUGUCUAUGGUCACCCAUAACAUUUCAAGAAUGAUGCUUAUGCAGUUACAUUUUAGUCAUUAACUAUUUAUACAGUCCUUUGAAUUAUGGCUUUUGUGUAUGGCACACUCUUUUUAGAAUGGUGGCCUCUGAUUCAUUACUAAACCGCUUGAAGUUAAAGGAAUAGUUCUGCCCAAAAUGAAAAUGCACUUAUCUUUAAACCAUCCAUGAUGUAGAUGAGUUUGUUUCUUUGUUGGAAAUAGAUUUGGAGAAAUUUACUUCACUUCACUUGCUCGCCAUUGGAUCCUCUGUAGUGAAUGUGUGUGGUCAGAAAUUAGCGUUUAAACAGCUGAUAAAAAGCAUCACAAUAAUCCACAAGCAAUUCCCAUGAAUCCAGGUCAUCAAUUAAUGUCUUUUGUUUUGAACUUUAAACCGUUCCUUUCUGCUAAAAUGCGAGUCCUCUGUCAAAAUUGUGCUUUCUUCAGUGAAAGAGUCAGGUAAGAAAUAUGCAGAGAUAUGUAUAGACAGUCCAAAGCAGUGCUAAACAAAUAUGCUGGUGGAUUUUGAUGUUAGAGGACAACAGGAGAUGGACUUUUUUCCCCAGAAGGAAUUGGUAUCAUCGAUUGUGGAGUUGUUGUUGUUGUUUUUUUUUUUUUGUAUUUUGGCCAGAAGCUUUGUUAAUAUAGAAUGUCAUAUGGAUUAUUGUGAUGUUUUCAUCAGCUGUCCGACGGCACCCAUUCACUACACAGGGUUAGCAAGUGAUGUAAUGCUACUUUUCUCCAAAUCUGUUCUGAUGAAGAAACAAACUCAAAGAUCCCUACAUUUUUGUUUUUGUGCGAACUAGUAUUUUAAGUUCAGUGGAUUAUAGAGCUAUUUCAUAGACUGAAAAGAUAUAGACAUAGAAAUCUAUUAGCAGAUUUCAUACUUACUAAUAAAAGAUAGAAAGAAAUAGAAAUGUACAGAAGAUAAGGUACAAUAUAUCUUUUGUUUUCAAAUAGACUGGCACAUUUUUUUAUAAGUCUUUUUUUUUUGUGGCAUAAAAGCAUCGUUUCAUAUGCCACCCUGGGCUGCACGUUUCUGGUUGACUUUAAUACUGUGUUUCUAUAGCUUUGUUAAAGCUCAGGCACACAGGUGUAUGUGCAGGAAGUACAGUACACAACAUACAUUAAGCACUGGAUCUGCGUAAUAACCGGAAAUGCUGUAAACAUGGUUAAACAAAGCUGGACUCUCAACAGUGCGCAUCACCAGGGAGUGUGAUAUCAUUUUGAAUGCUUUUGAGUCAACUUAGUUUUUGAAUGUUUUUAUUAUUUUCUUCUGAAAAAAAAAAGACGCUUUUCAACACAACAUCUUGUGAGUCAGUAACAAUCACAAUAAACCAUUUACAAUCUU